CCCCCAUCAAUCAGACCCUGAUGCACUGGAGCCCCAGUCACAGCAGCGCAGGGAGAGGAGCGCAGGGCUUGUGGGGGGGAUUCUAUCAGCCGGACUUGCCCCCCUUGGAUUGUCGUUUCCUGGGAGAUCAAAGACUACCCCCCCCCACACACACAUUUCCCAGCAUCCCCUGUGGGGAGAAUCUCUGCAUCCUGCUCUGGAUCGGCCCCCCGUCUGAAUCACAAGAGGGAAAUUCUCAUCUGCCCAGGUCCAUCCAUGACAGAGGUUCCCCAGACAAUAUGGGUUCCAUGGAUGGGGCAGAUGAACAGCCGAACCAGUCGGUUGAAUUGGACCGGUCCCAUAAUGCCGAGAGGAACUCCCAGUACAGUUGGGCCGCAUUGUGGAAUAUUCUGACCAUCGGUGGCAGCAUCUGUCUCCUUAUUCUCUCCCAGAUACUGGACCUGACGACUUGGCAGAACGGGUUCUGGAGAAUGGAGAUAUUGGGCCUGUUACUGCUCAUUGUGUUUGUUCUGGUUCUGACUGGCACCGCUGUCUGGUACCUCCGGGCCAGUGCAGAACCGGUUCUGUCUGAAGACCGGCGCCAGUCAGUCAGCCGCCAGCCCUCCUUCACUUACUCCGAAUGGACCGACGACAAGAACGAAGAUUUCCUGGAGCUGGAGCCGGUGCCGGACACCCCCGUGUUUGACUGCCUAAUGGACAUCAGGGGGGACACAGACCCCGGGACUCUCACUGUCAAACCCGUGGGGCUCCAGGAAAGGAGGGGGUCGAACGUGUCCCUGACCCUGGAUAUGUGCACCCCGGGGGACACGGAACCCUACGCACACAUCCUGUCUCCCAGGGAACAGUCGGCCCGGGAAUAUCUACAGAUGGGCAGUAACGCCCUGUCGGAGGAGGAGCUACACCGGCGGGCCCUGGACUCAUUCACUCUACAGAAGGAAUUCUUUGAAAUCCCAAUGAACUUUGUGGACCCGAAAGAAUAUGAGAUUCUGGGCUUGGUACGGAAGAACAGGUACAAGACAAUACUGCCAAACCCCCACAGCAGAGUCUGCCUCACGUCUCCUGACCAGGAGGAGGACCCUCUCAGCUCCUACAUUAACGCCAACUACAUACGGGGUUAUGGGGAAGAGGAGAAAGUCUACAUUGCAACUCAGGGACCCACAGUCAAUACAGUCGGGGACUUCUGGAAGAUGGUCUGGCAGCAGCGUUCCCCCAUAAUUGUCAUGAUCACCAACAUCGAGGAAGUCAACGAGAAAUGCACCGAGUAUUGGCCGGAGAAGGAAGCCGCCUACGAGGGGAUACAGGUCUCUGUCAAUCAGACCAUCCGGGAAAAUGACUAUGAACUAAGAUUGAUGACCUUAAAGAGUGGGGAGGAAGAUCGAAAUCUCAAGCAUUUCUGGUACACCUCAUGGCCCGACCAGAAGACCCCAGAUCAGGCACCCCCUCUACUGAAACUGGUACAGGAUGUGGAAGAGACCAUAAAGCGUGCCAAACAGGAGGGAGGCCCCAUAGUUGUACACUGUAGUGCCGGCAUUGGUAGAACCGGAUGUUUCAUCGCCACCAGUAUUCUCUGCAAGCAGCUGAAAAAUGAGGGGACAGUUGACAUUCUCAGAACCACAUGCCAGCUGAGGUUGGACAGGGGCGGGAUGAUCCAGACCUGCGAGCAGUACCAGUUUGUGCACCACGUCCUGAGCCUGUUUGGGAAGCAGAAUUCCCGCGCUGUGGAAGAGUAAUUGCCCCUGGGGUUCCCAUUGCUGCUUUCUGCCAGGGUAACUCCUGCCCAUUUCCUGCCCCCCGGAGCUUCUCAUUGCGUCAGCAUCUGAUUGUACAUAGGAUCCGCCAUGUUUGUAUGGGGCCAUUUCCCACCAACCUCUGGGGCUCCCCAUUGGUGCACUUACCUGCCCCAAUCAGCCAGAUUAUUGCCCCGUUCCUUUCCGAUGACUAUUUUUGCCUUUUUUCUGAAGAGUUUUUACAUUUCUAACUGCCGGAUACUGUGUAAUUGGUUCAUACCUCAUCUUGUGGGAGCCGUGGCCCCUGGGUGCUCGGGGCCACUCCUCAGACUAUUGUUAUUGCUUCUGCUCCCAUGUUCAUCCCAUACACUCAUGGAACAGCCAGGGGAAGCCCAGGGCAAUAUUCAGGGGCAAUACUAUGCUCAUCUGCUAUUGGCUCCCUACCACCCUGUUCCAUAUGUGGGGGAGUCCCUCGCUGCUGGGCCCUGACCCGCCUUGUUUCUAUUGUGUCCCUGAAGCAGCCCAAAAAGCAAGAUCCCUUGAAACAUCUGUUCUUCUUAAUGACUCCGCCCCUAUCUUGCUCAUCUGCUCCUCAUGGGAGGGACUAAAUAGCUAAAUAGUAUCCAGCCCCCAAGCCAUAUCCGCUUGCCAAUAUUUGUGUCCCUCCUAAUGUCCCCAAUCUCUCUUUUUCUGUUCUUUCCAUUCGGAGCUGAAAUAGUAGGACUUCUUGAUGCCGCAACUGCUUAUCGGCUCCUCAGGGGCGGGGCAUCAGAACCUACAGUAUUUGUUAAAUAGAACUGACACAUAAGCCCUCCCACUGAAUAUGCUCUCCAUAUCUUGGCAUUGGGGGAACUGCAGCUCUUGUGCCAAAGCAACCGCCCCUGAGGCACCUCUGGGCUCCAUAUUAACUCCAUAUUGAUCAUUAUCGGGGGGCAGUAUCUGACUAUAUACUGUAACUCCAUAUUGAUCAUUAUCUGGGGGGG